UUGCAAUAUGUUGAUGGAUUUCUUCCCCACAUUCUUGAUCAUUUUCCAAAUUCUCUUACAUUCCAUUCUAAAAGUUACACCAUUUGAGUUGAAUUAUCGUACAGUUUUCAAUUUUGGUGACUCAAAUUCGGACACCGGUGGGCUGGCUGCUGGAAUAGCUUUUCCGAUCAGCUUGCCUCAUGGACAGACGUUCUUCCAGAAGCCAGCCGGCCGCUUGUGUGACGGUCGCCUCGUCACUGAUUUUUUCAUGGAUGCAAUGGGAUUGCCAUUCAUGAGCCCAUACUUCAACUCAAUUGGUGCACCAAAUUUCAAAAGUGGGUGCAAUUUCGCAACCGGUGGCUCUACUAUUCUACCUGCCAAAGCCAAUGCCAUUAGCCCUUUCUCCCUCAACAUUCAAGUGGAUCAAUUCAUCAGAUUCAAAGCUCGAGUUCUUGAUGUAAUCUUGAAGGACAAGAAUUUGCGAAAAUUUGUGCCCUCAUCACAUGACUUUGAAGAGGGUCUAUAUAUGUUGGACAUAGGCCAAAACGACAUCGAUGGGGCAUUUGGUUUCAUGUCCCAAGACCAAGUUUUUGCCCUAAUCCCAACUAUCUUGUCUGAAUUUCGAUUUAGAAUAAAGAAAUUGUACAAUGAAGGAGCUAGAAACUUUUGGAUGCAUAACACAGGACCCUUAGGUUGUUUGCCAAGAAUUAUAGCUAAAUUUGGGCAAGAUGAAUCAAAAUUGGACCAAUUCAAAUGUGUGGAUUCACACAACCAAGCUGCAAGGCUUUUCAACUUGCAACUCCAAACCCUUUGUGCCGAGUUCCAGCAAGAGUUCCCAGAAGCUAAGGUCACUUACGUCGAUAUUUAUGCCAUAAAAUCCGACCUCAUUGCAAAUUAUUCUCAAUAUGGUUUCAAGGAAGGAUUAGGAGCUUGUUGUGGAUAUGGUGGGUUGCCAUUGAACUAUGAUAGUAGAGUUAUGUGUGGGCAGAGUGUGGUGUUGAAUGGCAGUGUUGUGAAGGGAGAAGCAUGCACCAACACAACUCAAUAUGUUAAUUGGGAUGGAAAUCACUAUACCGAGGCUGCUAAUCACUACAUUGCCUCCAAAAUUCUCACCGGAAACUACCUCGUUCCACCGCCACCGCCACCGCCACCGCCUACGCCUAAGUCUACUUCAUACUUUUCCCUUCUAACUAGGUAAAAUAAACCACAUAAUAAUAAAUAUUACUGCCUAUGUUUGCUAUUAAAUGUUUCAUUUGGGAUCGGCACGAACGUGAUGAAUAUGGAUGGAAAAAUUAGUGAAAUGUAUCUAAUUUUUAUUUAUUAGUACUAGUUUUCUGUUAAA